UCAGUGGCCGCGCAUUGGUCGUUGAGAAGUAUGACAUUUUCAGAGACGGAUCUGACCAUGAUUUCGUACUAGGCCGAGGCAUUCCAAAAUGCUGCAUUGUUGAUGGUUUUUCCUCUUUUUUAAGGAAAUAAAGUCUAUGUUGGACAAUGUAGACUAUAUAAAAUCAGAAAUGCGUCUCUAACGAAGACACCUACGUGACACACUUGCCAAUGCGGUCCUGACUCUGAUGACGGGCGGCUCGGGGGAGGAAGAAUGCAGCAGAAACGUAACAUUCAGAUCAUCGAGUGGGAGGACCUGGACAAGAGGAAGUUCUACUCCUUUGGCGUGUUCAUGACCAUGACGAUCCGGGCAGCGGUGUACCCGGCCACGCUGAUCCGCACGCGGCUGCAGGUGCAGAAGGGCAAGUCGCUGUACAGCGGCACCUUCGACGCCUUCUUCAAGAUCCUGCGGGCCGAGGGCGUGCGCGGCCUGUACCGCGGCUUCAUGGUCAACACCUUCACGCUCAUCUCCGGCCAGGGCUACAUCACCACCUACGAGCUGGUGCGCAAGUACGUCUCGCGCUACUCCUCCGACAACACGCUCAAGUCGCUGGUGGCGGGCGGCUCGGCCUCGCUGGUGGCGCAGAGCAUCACGGUGCCCAUCGACGUGGUGUCCCAGCAGCUGAUGAUGCAGGGCCAGGGCGAGCACCUGACCCGCUUCAAAGUCAAGCCCAAGAUGGUGAUGGCGGCCGGGAAGUACAAGGUGACGUUUGGACAGACGCGGGACAUAAUCGUGCAGAUCUUCGCGGUAGACGGCUUCCGCGGGUUCUACAGGGGAUACGUGGCUUCCCUCUUGACGUACAUCCCGAACAGUGCCGUCUGGUGGCCUUUUUAUCACUUCUACGCAGAGCAGCUCUCCAAGAUGGCGCCCAGUGAGUGUCCUCACCUGAUCCUGCAGGCCAUGGCGGGGCCACUGGCUGCGGCCACCGCGUCCACCGUCACCAACCCCAUGGACGUGGUGAGGGCCCGAGUGCAGGUGGAAGGCCGGACGUCGGUCAUUGAGACUUUUAAGACGCUGCUGGCUGAGGAGGGUUUCUGGGGAAUGACCAAGGGGCUCUCUGCUCGCAUCAUCUCCUCCACGCCCACGGCUAUCGUCAUGGUGGUGGGGUACGAGACGCUGAAGAAGCUGAGCCUGAGGCCGGAGCUGGUGGACUCCAGGCACUGGUAGAGCAUGUAGGGGACCGCCAUCGCUCCUGGCAACGCCUCUGCUCUCGGUUAUCUCUCCCAGGGUCCCCUCAUCCCACGGUUUUUUGUUGGCCUUUUAACUCUUUGUUGCCUUGUGAUGUUUCCUUGCGGAGGUGGGGGGGUAUUUUAACCUUUACUUAGAUGUUGGGGAAAAAAGUUAUUUUCUCUGAGGACUUAUUUUGAAAACCCGUAAAUGAAAAGAUCAAGAAAAAAUUUCAGUUGCAUCAAAAAUUGCUAUUUAAAUUACACAAUAGAAUAAAAUUAAGAUGGUUCAAAUGGAGUUAAAUUUUUAAAGCAGCAGUUUUGACCACGAUUGGCAAUGCAAGAUCAGGGGACUAAGUAUGAAUGGAAAGUUAACCUGAACAGUGAAAUGGACCCUUUGUCCUUUUUGACAGUUUUCCAGCUAUGAUUUUAGCAGCACGAUUUAGAAGGAAACAGAACUGUAAAAGUAAUACGAUCAUAAGUGCACACUGUUCCUACUACUUGGGUUCUCUAGCAGACAAUCUAAACCAGCGUGGUAGAACAGUGUAAAUCAGCACUAGAUCAGAAUACCUGGAUGCGUCCCCUCAGUCCACCAUGGAUGAGUGUGUUUUAACAGGGUAGGGGUACAUCUUGCUUAAAGGCACUGUUAAAAUACAGAAAGCCAGAUGAAGCUCAAGUGAACAAUAUAGGGAACAAGAGAACAAAAACCGUAUACAGUACAGCCGUAUAUUCAUUUCAUCAACCAUUUUCCUCCUCUGAUCAAAGUUCAGGGGGAAUUACUGUGAUUAGGGGGAGAAGGGGCCCAAGAGCAGCCAUGUUUGAAAUGGUACAGCAUCUCUGGGAAAAGCUCAAUAUUCAAUGGAUGUAAAAAUAAUAAAAAAAAUAUGGAAGAGUUUUGGGCCAAAGUGAGGUUUUUAGAAAUGUAUAAAUUCAGUCAUAAUAGGACACACCUUUCUCCAAGGAAACUAUUGUGCAGCUAGUCUCAUUUAUUUCAAGGUGUGCAGGGAUACAGUGGACAUUACGCUCGUUGCUCUUUGAAGGGGGGGUGUUUAAAAUUUUUUUUUUUUUUUAAUCCUCAGUGUAAAAGGGUUCAACCAAUCCAGUCCUCUCUCACAUUCCUAACAGCUUGUCGCAGUGUCAAUCCAAGCUUUAUGGACAGCUCUUUUUCAGGGAUGACCCUACUUAUGGAAAUUCUUUGUUUGCAAGACUGUAUUUAUUUCUUUUCACUAUUUGCUUAUUUCCAAUGGUGACUAAUAAAGUUGUCCAUGCACGUCUUUAGAUGAAAAGAAUGUGUAAGAACACUGUCGGAUCAGGAACCAGGAGGUGGGUUCACCUACUGGUUAAAAUAAGUUGCUCACAGGGAACUAACAAAGAACUACAGUGGGGAAAUGGCAUGUUUCAAGAUUAUGAAAUGCAUAUUUAACAGUCGGCUUGGAUUUUGGUUUUUAUAGGUGAACAUUACACAUCUUUUACCUGGAGAACUGACAGUGUUCUAAUGGAAGGCUGGUGCUCACAUUAAUAAGCUUCUUUGUAUUAUGGACAUUAAAAAUGUUCAUUAAUUUCUGAAAAUGAACAAAGGCUUGUAACAUGGAUGUGGCAAUCAUGCCACAAGGUAUCCGGAAAUGCUACUGUGUGUACUGUACCUGUCAUUCAAGUUUGGCUGUGAAAAGCAAAGGAACAGAUACUAAAUGGUUAUUUUUAAAUAAGGGGUUGGGGUGCAUGGGGUGAGGGAGAGUGGUCCAGUCCAUUUAGUGCCUACCUUUGUAAGGAGCGCCGCCUGUUCUGCAGGCAGAGCUGUCCAAACACCUCAACCUAUGGGCACAUCAUUUUAACAGCAUGAAGACUUCAAAAUGGAGGUGGUCAAGGGGGCUGCUGUAAUGGUCUCCUCUUGGUUUUCAGCAUGCGAUUGACUGCACUGACCUGUAGAAAGAGAAUAUCCAUGUGAAAAUAUCCUAAUGAAAACUGAUUGAUAAAGUCAUCGGAAAUCUUGACACUUUUACCUCAGACCAUGUACAGUGAGACGUUCAUCAAAGCCAAGACAGUCUUGCAUGCUCUUCUAAGGACAGUCCUCUGCUGAUGGUAGUAAACUCUUGUGAGAGAAACCUGCCACGCCACACCCCGCCCCAACUUCUCACACACGAGUGCUGUGUUCUCAGUAUUGCAGAAUGCACAUUGCCUUUUAACUGAAUUUUUUUCUCACCUUUUGGUUUUUACCCAUUUCUGAUUAGGGGGUUGUGCUUUUACCUGCUAUUACAACUACAAAAGAAGGGAAGCUUGAACCACAUAGACUGCAGUCUUGCACGGUUGUUAAUCUCCUUUCAGUUUGGCAGCUGACACCCCUGGAAUUCUACAGGUGAAGCAUGUACAAUUCCAGGAGUUCUUGUGGAAGCUGAAGUCCAGACAAGUGGGAAAAGUACUCCAACUGUGGACUUAAUAAUCCCAUACGCACCUGUUCAGAAUGCUCCAAAAAUGUUUGACUGUUGAACUUGCUCCUGGUCAUGUGACUUCCUCUCUCAGGUCAUCAGAUAAAGUUGGGGAGUGCAGGCAGACUGUCCCAAAACUGCCCACCUCAGGUUCAGAGAAUACAGGCUUCUGCACGAGUAACUUCACACACCUGAGUGCGCCCAGGACUUUCAGAAUCCCUACAGAUGGCCCUUAUGCUGGUGUAACAGUGUGCAGUGACAUUGUGAACCUAUAGAGGGCGCACUAUACUACAGGGACAGCUGUAAAAAGAUGUAUUAAGUUUUUAAACUAGACCGCAUCUCCCUCUUCGUGCAUUAUGUUUUCCACACUCCCUGUGAUCAUUCAGCCUGUGAAUGUGCAUGUGAAGUUUCAUUAGCCUCCACAGUGCUGGACAUUUCUGCAUCCUGAAGUUGUGUGUGUACUUCAUUUAUGAACACGUUUGCAUAAGUAAAAAUGUGCUGCGUGUUUGAAGCGGUGUAUAGUCUCCCAAAGCACACCUUGUUACUAUAACAGCUUAAUAAAAUUUCAGAUGUGAAACCUCA